CGCGGUGUGGGAAAAACACAGGGCGAACUCAUUGGCGCCGAACGGAAGUGGUGCCUGACGAGGCCGUUGGAAGCAGAAUCAAGAAGAGGGGGACAGCAUAGUCAGAAUGUUCCUUCCUUACCAAUCGCACCUCGCUGUGGCUGCUCAGCAUCAGCAACUCCGAUUGCAGAGGGAGAGGCAACAGCAGCAGCAGCAACAGCAGCAGCAGGCGUCGUCGUCAUCGUCGUCCUCUUCCUCCUCCUCAUCCACACCAAGCGCUACCUCCUCUUCUGGCAAACGGUCCAGACCCAAGACUUCCUCCGGCAUCGUGCCAUCUGCGUCACCUCCUCCGUUGAGCGGCAGCUUCAAUCCUCAUUCGCUGAGGUCGGUGCCAUCAGAUCAUUCGCUUCAUUCGUCGUCUCGAGAACCAUCUACAUCAACCUCGGGCGAAGGCUGGACGAGUCGCAGAGGCUCGGAAGCAACGUCUCCUCUCCUGCCCAAGUCCUCCACCCACCAGUGUGGUGGUCGAGGAGGGGCAGGCUCACGAUUUGCGGCCAAGAUUGUCUUGCCCGCCCGGCUCUCGUCUCGACAAGACCCUUGUACUGACGCCGGCUCAUCUGGCCUUGCCCAUCACGGGAAGCGUAGGUCGAGCCUUUCUCACCUCGAGCUUCCCUCGUCUUUUGGAGCUCCACCAGCCCGCGUCACUGGUAGAGGCGGCGUAGGAGCUAUACCUAUCAUGAGCACAUCUAGUGCAACAUCGGGAGGCGGACUCAGUGGUGGGGCCGGUGGCUCAGGAUCAGUCGUAUCAAAGCUGCAGGCCAAGGUCGGUCUCAAGGCCAAGCCAUCUCGAGCUCCCGACCACGUGCAAGAUGCUGCGACCUCUUCAUCAGCUUUCGCUGGAUACUCCAUGUCAAGUCACCUGGAGCAACCGGACAGACCGCCACGCUCACGAUCGCGGCCUACUGGGGGCUCGGCAUCGAGCUACACAUCCUUGGACGACUCGGUUGUAGAACCGAGGACGAUGACAUCGACGAGCGGCAGCGUCGGUCCUCCAACGAGCAUAGCUAUGCCUGAGCUAAGGCACACAAAUUCAGAUGCGUCCACAUCCACGAUCCUCAACGGUCCUGCAUCGCAGUCAGAUCGAUGGUCCGAAUUUCAGAGGCCGUGCGAGGAAGAUCCUGACAUCGUAGGCCAGCCCCUUCCUGUGCGGCUUGGUAUCGUACCUCCCCUCUCACGGUGCGAGCCAGGACCAAUGGGCACUAGAUACGUCGAAGGUUAUUAUCUGCAUACUGCCCCGCCAGUGCGUCCCUUUUCGGCCAAGAGAAGAUCCUUCUCCAAUGGCUCUAUAGCCAUCUCAGCAGCCGCACCCUACGCGACGUCUGCAGCAGUCGCAUCGUCGCCAAGCCAAUCCAUGCAGUCACAGUCUCCCGUUGCAGGCCUCCAUCGAGUGCCUACCAACGCAAGUGAAGAUGGGUCGCACGCUCGCGCAGCUAGUGCGGACCAGUCCCCAUCGUCUUCUCAUUUGUCAGCUAGACGGCCCACUCUCCAACGCAGCAACACUGGGUCGUCCGGCGCGCAGCCUGGCAGCUCAAGCGGCGGUCGUCGAAUGAGCAGCAGUCGCACCCUCGUCACCCUAGCAAGCGAUGACUCAACAGCGACGACCCCACCAGCGCUCAAGUGGGAUCUGGAGUCGUACUGGACAUACAAGGAGGAGCGAGCCCUCAGCGGCGGCGCUCGUCGCACACGAUACCAUGCCUAUCCGCGCGAGAAGGUGCCCUACUUCCUCGCACACGAUCAGUCUGCAACGUGCGCCGAGCUGUCCCUGCACAACAUCACCUACCAAGCCCUCUCAUAUCGACACAGCGUGAUACCUUGGGGAAAUGUGAAGCCAAAACGCGUCCUCGACUUGGGCGCAGGCACUGGAGCGUGGUGUCUGGAUGCAGCGAGAGAGUGGAAGGAAACUGAGUUCAUAGGGCUCGACGUUGUGCCGUCUCAAACGCCUCUUGCCCAGCUCAAGUGUCUCGACCUUGAGCAACGCGUCUCGUGGGUGGUCGCCAACUUCCUCGAGGGCCUGCCCUUCCCUGAUGCCAGCUUCGACUUCGUUCACAUCCGCAACGUAGGCUCGAGCUCGAUCAGCGAGGAUCAGUGGCCUGAUUUCCUGUCAGAGGUGGUGCGAGUCAUGCAGCCAGGAGCAAUGCUUGAGCUCCUCGAGUACAACUGGAAUUUCACCGGAAAUCUCCGCAAUGCGGCGCUCUCUGAGAUCACCACUUUCAGUGGUCAGGGCCCCCCUCGUCCCAUGGGCUCAGCGCCAAACGCUGGGCCCACGCGGUCAAGUAGCGGCGCUUCUGCUACGGCUGGUUCUCAGCCUGAGGUUCCCUCCUCUACUCCGCCCAAGCCUUACGCCAUGCUCGAGCAAGCAUUCGAGCGCAUUCUUGCUAGGCGCUUCAUCAACCCGCGCGUGCUGUCAAUCAUUCCCCUGAAUCUCACCAGCCAAGAUUUGCAGGACAUUCGCACGGGCAACCCUCGUCGAAUACCACUCACCGCAACCAAUGACGACUUCCUCAUGCUGGGCAAGCUCGCCGCAGAGCGCAAUCUGGCAGAUCCGGCAGGCCCUUCUCCGGCAACCAACUCAUCACCAGCGCCUCCAGCCUCCCCGACCGCGUCACCCAAGUCGCCUUCUGAACCAGCCUCGCUCGCGACCGCUACCACAAGCAGCAGCUCCGACCCUCUCCCUCCUCCACCCCGCCGCCAAGCAGACCGCACAGUCUUCACCUCCCGCCCACAAGUCGGUCAGCCGCUGACCGAUAGUGGCUUCUGCGUCACGCCGGAUACGGUCUCCCUCCUGCGCACCAUGAGCCUUAUCGCCCACACCGAAAAACUCUACAGCGCCCGUGCCCUUGUAUGGGAUGAGGCGCAGGAAGAGAAGGCCGCUCUGCUCUCCAACUCCGUCACAUCUCGUGGUGGGGGGCCAGGCACGCGCGUCUCCUCCUCGGACGUGGCGGCCUCGUGGGCUCAUCCCUGGAAGAAUAGGCACGACUUCGAGAUGGCCAUGACUGCGUAUCGGAGAGAUAUGAUCGAGUAUGCGAAUGUGGCCGACCUGAUCAGGCAGCGAUUGGGUUGGGAGUCGGGGAAACUAGAGAGUGUGGCGGAGAGGAAGAUGGGGGAGAGACAAAGGAAGUUGGAUGAGGGAUUGGCGGCGACGGCAGAGUGGCUGAAGGAAGAGGCUGGCAACGGAGCAGCGAAGGCGGCGGUGAGCCCGUCUGCGAGUGGUGGUGGUUCAGGUGGCGGAUCCAACAGCCCGCAGCCUCCCCCCGCGCUUCGUUUGGACAGCGGGAGUGGGGCGAGUGGCAUAAGCACCAUAGGCGACGACUCGAUGGAGAGCUUCAGUACGUCGAGCAGUAGCCCGGUCCACCCUCUGACCCCACUGACCCCGCUCGGCAACGCCUCGGUGUCGAUGAUGGAAGACGGCGCAGCGGGAGCUGGAGUGCAUUGUCGAGACGGAUCCAAAUCAGCUCCGGCAAGCAGGCGCAACUCUGCCGUGAUCGCUGUCUCCAUUCUCGAUGAGAUGGGCGAAUACGAGGACACAACUUUUGAGUCUAGAUGCCCCAGCGUUGCGCCGCUGAGGACGCAUGGCCACGACGCCGGUAGUAGCAGUGGUGGGCUCAGCAGCAGCAGCAGCAGCGGUCAACCUCGAAGACCAUCCUCGCCAGCACUUCCUGCAAACGCCGUCGAAGCAGCUCGAGCACAGAGUGCUAUGAGUGGCUAUUCAAGUAGCCCGGUUUUGGAUGGCUCGAUAUCCUUCUUUCCCGGCAGCAACAGGAGGGAGCGCUCCUCCUCUACCGCCACCUCUUCGGGCACGACCUCCUCUCUGGCCACUCCAAUCACUCCAAUCGGCGGCGGCGGCGGGGCAGCGCCUGUUCAGCAUCAGCAGCCACACCACAAGCCGACCGCGAUACCACCGUACGUUCCCAUUCUGGGCAUCUUUGAGACCACGGGCUUCUCAGCCAAAGCGCCUGGAGGGGACAGCAGCUGUGCGAGCGCCGAUAUCGUCAGCUUCGGCCGUGUGUCCCCCAUGAUUCCUCCUGCGGCGCCGCCAAUUGCGAUGUCGGCGUCGACGCAAGGCUCAUUUCAAUGAUUCCAAGUUGGAAGGAAACAAAAGUCGACGUCUUCUAAAGUUUGUAUAUCACCCGUUGCAAGGAUUCGAGUCACCACAAGGUAGAGUAGAGCAGUCCGAAGUAGAGAGAGAGCGUGGAGAGUGCGCUCCCACGCAGCGCGUACACGGCAGGAUCGCAUGUCGCAUCGCAACGCACCUCAGAUUCAGUUGGCCCUUGGCAGGGGCUUCUCAAUACCAUCUUAUCGCCUCCAUUUCAUCAUCUCCCAUUACUGACCCGGGCCACGAGACGCUGCUUUUUCAAAACACUUGUUGGCUCAGCAACCUAGCUUCACACUCGCUUUACAGGCGGACCUAUCUUCAGUGGCGCCAAUGACCCGCU